AAAGGUAUUUAUCUAUCUAUUUAGUGAAAUGUCAUGUCGGAGAGUCACCAUAGUCUUCAAACGCUGACUUUAGAGCUAACUUGUUUUUGAACUACCACCCCAACCUCAUUCAUACAUACGUACAGGUGCACAGUUGGUAUUCCUUUUUGGAUGCGCAUUGUGAUUCUGAGUGAGUGCUUCUCAAACAAACUCAUCCGAUCUGAAAAAACCCUCACAUUUCUCAACCGUUCAUCUGAUUCCGAUCUGAUCUGCGAUAUUCGGAAUCCAACAAAAUGGCGACCAUGACUAGCUUGAUCGGUCUCAUCAACAAGAUCCAACGAGCUUGCACCGUCUUAGGAGAUCACGGUGGUGAGGGUUUAUCUCUCUGGGAGGCUCUUCCCUCCGUCGCCGUUGUCGGAGGACAGAGUUCAGGAAAAUCCUCUGUGUUGGAAAGUGUCGUCGGAAGAGACUUUCUUCCUCGUGGAUCUGGUAUUGUUACGCGGAGGCCACUGGUACUGCAACUUCAUAAGACUGAAAAUGGCCAGGAAUACGCCGAGUUUCUUCACAUACCAAGAAAGAGAUUCACUGACUUUGCUGCUGUGAGGAAAGAAAUAGCAGAUGAAACAGAUCGAAUAACUGGGAAGUCAAAGCAAAUUUCAAAUGUUCCUAUUCAACUCAGCAUUUACUCACCAAAUGUUGUAAACUUAACCCUGAUAGAUCUUCCCGGGUUGACGAAGGUUGCAGUAGAGGGACAACAAGAGAGUAUUGUUCAAGAUAUUGAAAACAUGGUCCGUUCAUAUGUUGAGAAGCCAAAUUGCAUUAUCUUAGCUAUCUCUCCGGCCAAUCAAGAUAUUGCCACUUCAGAUGCCAUAAAAAUUGCAAAAGAAGUUGACCCUUCAGGUGAAAGAACAUUUGGAGUGGUUACAAAACUUGAUCUUAUGGAUAAAGGAACUAAUGCAGUUGAGGUUCUCGAGGGAAGGCAAUACAGGCUGCAGCAUCCAUGGGUUGGAAUUGUGAACCGUUCACAAGCUGAUAUUAAUAAAAAUGUUGACAUGAUUGCUGCUCGAAGGAAGGAACGUGAAUAUUUUGAGACAAGUCCUGAAUAUGGACAUUUGGCACAUAAAAUGGGCUCAGAAUAUCUUGCUAAACUUCUAUCUCAGCAUUUGGAGCAAGUUAUCAGGCAGAAGAUACCUAGUAUCAUUGCUCUAAUAAACAAGACCAUUGAUGAGCUUAAUGCAGAGUUAGACCGCAUUGGCAGGCCGAUUGCUGUGGACUCUGGGGCCCAACUGUACACUAUUUUAGAGAUGUGUCGUGCAUUUGACAAAGUAUUUAAAGAACAUCUGGAUGGGGGACGUCCUGGUGGGGACCGGAUAUAUGGAGUUUUUGAUCACCAAUUACCAGCUGCUUUGAAAAAGCUUCCCUUUGAUCGCCAUCUUUCCUUAAAAAAUGUCCAAAGAGUUGUCACUGAAGCUGAUGGAUAUCAACCUCAUCUGAUUGCUCCUGAGCAGGGUUAUAGGAGACUCAUUGAAGGGUCUAUCAGCUAUUUCAAAGGCCCAGCUGAAGCCUCUGUGGAUGCUGUCCAUUUUGUUUUAAAGGAACUUGUACGUAAGUCAAUUGCAGAAACUGAGGAAUUAAGAAGAUUUCCAACACUUUCAAAUGAUAUUGCAACCGCUGCAAAUGAUGCUCUGGAAAAAUUCCGAGACGAAAGCAGGAAGACAGUUAUGCGAUUGGUUGAUAUGGAGUCUAGCUAUCUAACAGCAGAAUUUUUUAGGAAGAUUCAUCUCGAACCAGAAAAGAACCCAAAUGGACCACCAAAUUCAAACCGGAAUGCUCCCCCCACCAUGGACAAUUAUACUGACAAUCACCUCCGCAAGAUUGGCUCAAAUGUAAAUGCUUAUAUCAGCAUGGUUUGUGAUACGCUUAAGAAUACCAUACCAAAAGCCGUAGUCUAUUGCCAAGUCAGAGAAGCCAAGAGAUCAUUGCUAAACUACUUUUACGUUCAAGUUGGAAAGAAGGAGAAGGAGAGAUUGGGCGCCAUGUUGGAUGAAGACCCAGCCCUAAUGGAAAAGAGGAAUCAAAUAGCUAAAAGGCUUGAAUUGUACAAGCAAGCUAGAGACGAUAUUGACUCCGUGGCUUGGAAAUAAACAAGAUCCCAGAUUUUACAACAGAUACUGUGAGGAAGAGUUGCCAUAGAUUUUGGUAUUUUUAUAAUCAAACUCAGACAGACUAUGAUUACAAGAAAUUGAUUUGAACUGCAUAUAUUCUUUUGGCCCUGUGUAUAAAGCCACUGAGUUCUAUGUUGUGAUUCUAUGUAACAAUAGAGUUGUUGGUUAUGUUUUUUUCCCCUCAACCAUGUUGAUUAUUUUAGAAGAGCAUACCAUUUUAAGUUACA